AUGCGACCGAGAGGAGGAACAAGGGUGAAGCAAUGCGAGCUGUGCGUUCGGCCGGCGAGGAUCCACUGUGAGUCGGAUGAGGCGAGCCUAUGCUGGGAGUGCGACGCCAAGGUGCACGGCGCCAACUUCCUGGUGGCGCGCCACUCCAGGUGCCUGCUCUGCCGGAGCUGCCAGUCGCCCACGCCGUGGCGCGCGGAGGGCGCCAGGCUGCGCCCCACCUUCUCAGUCUGCGAGCGGUGCGCCGCCACCACCUCGUCCUCGGCCGAGGGCAGCGGCGGUGGCGAGGGGUGUGGCGCCGGCGACGAGGAGGAGGGAGAGGGAGAAGGCGGAAGAAGGGAUCGUGAGGAGGACGAAGAGGAAGAGGAGGAGGACGACGACGACGAAGGGGAGAACCAGGUGGUGCCAUGGUCUCUGACACCGCCUCCGGCUGCGAGCUCGUCGAGCAGCAGCGACGGCGAGGAGGAGCCAGGCCGGAUAGGGAAUGGCGGCGGCUUCCUGAAACGGAUGCGGGGAAAUGCCGACCUCUCCGUCUCGCAGGACGACCUGGCCUGCUCGUCGUCUCUCCCGAGCUACCUCCCGCCGUCUCCGGCUCCAUCUCCAGCGGCGAGCGCCACGAUGGCGGCAGCGGCGAAGGACGAGGCCAGCUCCUGCGCCUCGGCCUUCCGUUCCUCCAAGGAUCGCAAGAGGCCCGCCCUUCGCCCGGAGCCGGCCUCCGACACCGACACCGCCAGCGCCAUGCUCGAUGUCCGCGUCCACGGCCACGUCGAUCUCAUGACUCGGCUGCUGUCUUCCUCCGACCCAAAUCGAUACAAGAAUGUCGAAGGUUGAAGGGCUGCUGCUAACAAUAGAGAGCGAUUUCACGAGCUAACUCGAAAGACAUCCUCACGGCUGUGAUCUCUUCUAUUUAGUUUGACAUUGUGUAUGCAUUGCUGAAUUCUCUUCGAUUGCUUCAACGUUUCUGCCUCUUUCAUGUUCA